UAUAACUCUUACACGAUUUUAGCAAUCAAUCAAACACAAUUAUACAUACAUAUAUAAAAGCAGUAUAAAAUAAUUUAUUGUAAUAACGGCAGAGUUAUUUCUUAGCCGACAGUUACAAAAAGCAAAAAGAACAAAACAAAAAAUUUUAACUCAAAAAUCAAUUUUUUGCUAAUUUCAAGUAAAAAGAAAACUAAAUCUUAGCACAAACUUUGUCGAACAAAUUAAGUUUAAGUCAACAACAACAAAAACAAAUAAAGUAUUAUACCAGAAUUGAAACAAAAGUGAAAUUACUUUAGCGUUCAAGCAUAUCAAUUACAAGCGCAACAUUGUUAUUGUAAAGCAACAAUUUGCUUGCCAAAAACGAAAUACAAAAACAAAAAAAUAUUCAUAAUUACACAAUCAUCACUUCGUUUUCACACUCAUUGAGAAAACUAGAAACCUUGUGUCUCCUUGCCAACCGCUCCCCACAAAAGAUCCCUUGCAUAUACCACGCAACGCGCCAAUUUUGCGAAAGCAAACUCAAAAAAAGUGCAACAAAAUCAAAAGUAAAACGGCGAGCGAUCCACAAAGGCAACAAACAGCGUAAUCAGCAAAAACAAAAACAGCAAAAGCAAAAGAAUCAAAUCACAAAAAAAAAAAACUAAAAGUGCAAACAAAGCGAUCAAGCUAAUAAAUCAAACUAAAUCUAUAGUUUAACUAAAGAAAUAUAAUAAAAGAAGAAACAAAAACAAAGCUAAAUACAAUUUCAAAAAUAUUCAAAACUAAAAGUUCCUUAAACCAACAAAAAACAGUGUGCCAGUGAAAACACCGCAUUAAAAACGAUAGAGCAUCUUCGAAGCGUAGCGGAAAAAGCAACAAAUUUUCAAAACAAAAAAACAUCCAAUACAACAAUUACAACAACUGUCUUAAAAAAAAGCAUUCACCAUUGACGCGUUAAAAGAAACGGUUGCAACAACAGCUUCAGUAACAGCGGCUUUGGCAACAGCAACAAUCAAAGAAGAACCGGUUAAGAAAGAUUUAAUAAUGCGAGGAAGCGACGAACUUUUAAGUCAAGCAGCAGUUAUGGCGCCCGCUUCUGACAAUAAUAAUCAGGAUUUAGCCACAAAGAAAGCCAAAUUGGAGCCAAGCACCGUCCUUGGUGGAGUUGGCAAACCAUCAAAAGUCAUCCACUUGCGUAACAUUCCAAUUGAGUCCAGCGAAGCAGAUGUCAUCUCACUAGGUGUACCGUUCGGUCGCGUCACAAAUGUGCUCGUCUUGAAGGGCAAAAAUCAAGCUUUCCUCGAAAUGGCUGACGAAGUAUCCGCGACAUCUAUGGUCUCAUGCUAUACCGUUACACCGCCACAUAUGCACGGACGCAUGGUUUAUGUACAGUUCUCCAAUCAUCGCGAAUUGAAGACAGACCAGAGUCACAACAAUACCGCUGUCGUGUCCAGCGAUUAUCGCAUUCAGUCGCCAGCAUCUGGCUCACCGCUACCGCUGUGCAACACCGCCACCACCACCAAUGCCGAUGGCACCAUCGCCGUACUACAGAACAACUCGAACGCAGUCAACACCAACUCCACAGCCGGCGGACCGAACACGGUGCUGCGCGUCAUUGUCGAAUCGCUGCUGUAUCCGGUGUCGCUGGAUAUCUUGCAUCAAAUUUUCCAGCGUUUCGGCAAAGUGCUGAAAAUCGUCACAUUUACAAAGAAUAAUUCAUUCCAGGCACUGAUCCAGUAUCCGGACGCCCAUUCGGCCCAGCACGCCAAGAACAUUUUGGACGGCCAGAACAUCUAUAACGGUUGCUGCACACUGCGCAUCGACAACAGCAAAUUGACAGCUUUGAAUGUCAAAUACAAUAAUGACAAAUCGCGCGACUUCACAAAUCCAUCAUUGCCACCGGGCGAGCCGGGCGCCGACAUUAUGCCCACCGCCGGCGGCUUGGUAAAUGCCAAUGACUUACUCCUGAUCGCGGCCCGACAGCGGCCAUCCCUAACAGGAAUGCCGAUUUCAAUUUGUUUUCCUAAAAAAGUUAAAAAUCAAAAUUACUACUUUGCAGUGAACGGACUCGGUGCUCCCGGCGUAUUGCCGCCAUUCGCACUCGGCAUCGGCACACCACUCGCCGGCGGCUACAAUAGCGGCAUACCGAAUUUGAGCGCCUUCGCGCUGGCCAACAGUGGUGCUCUACAAACAGCAACGCCCGCUCUGCGCGGCUUCUCCAACGUACUGCUGGUCUCGAAUCUAAACGAAGAGAUGGUCACGCCUGAUGCUCUAUUUACCCUCUUUGGUGUUUAUGGAGAUGUGCAACGUGUGAAAAUCUUAUACAACAAAAAAGACUCAGCUCUCAUACAAAUGGCCGAACCACAACAAGCCUAUUUGGCUAUGAGUCACCUUGACAAAUUGCGCUUGUGGGGUAAGGCGAUACGUGUUAUGGCUAGUAAACAUCAGGCUGUGCAGCUGCCGAAGGAAGGACAACCGGAUGCCGGCCUCACACGCGACUACUCACAAAAUCCAUUGCAUCGAUUCAAGAAACCGGGCAGCAAAAAUUAUCAAAACAUUUAUCCACCAUCGGCCACAUUGCAUUUAAGUAACAUUCCAUCAUCGUGCACUGAGGAAGAUAUCAAGGAAGCAUUCACCUCCAACAAUUUCGAAGUUAAAGCAUUCAAGUUUUUCCCUAAGGACCGCAAAAUGGCGCUCCUGCAGCUCUCGUCGGUGGAAGAAGCCGUCUUAGCGCUCAUCAAAAUGCACAAUCACCAGCUCUCCGAAUCGAAUCACUUGCGCGUCAGCUUCUCCAAGUCGAACAUCUAAGCCACAACAACAGCAACUACAACAACACAACUACUUUAUACACAUAAAUGCAUGCAGAUGCAUGUGCAAAGUGUAAUCAGCUGCAUCGCGCAUAAGUAAAGGCAUAGAAGUGAAGCAACAACAACAAUAACAUAACAAACAAUAGACAGAGGAAGAGGAAGCAAUAGGUGCAGAAAUGUAAAAUAGGCGACUACAAUAGGCGUGGCGCAGAAAGCUCACCACAAAACGACCACAUAGAAAAAAUCGCAAACAAAAAAAUCAACAAACAAUAGCAACAACAACAAGUAAUAAGGAACACAAGAAGAACAGCAACAACAAACAAGUAAUCAACAAGGAUCACUACAUAUCUACAACAACAACUAUACUAUUCUAAAUAGCAACGGCAGCAGUAGCAAUAGCAACAACAACAAAAUUUGUAGUGUACUCAUUUAAUGAUCAGCCCCAACUACGGGAACUCUGUACAACAACAACAACAAAGAACCAAUUCUCUACAACCGCAAGCACUGGCGGAUGAAUCUAUAUUUCAUAUACAUAUGUAUAUAUGCUUAUACAUAUAUGUGCGUCACUAUUACACUUUUUUUUACAUUUGUAGUUUUAUUCAGCGAAAAUUAUUGCUACACCCUUUAUUAAUUAUUACUUUUAUUAUUAAUGAUACAACUUUAACACUUAACACACAUACAUAUACAAGUGUACUACAUAUACAUAUAUAGAUUAGAUAUUUUUUUGAGCAAAUUGUACGCGUUAGCUAUAAAUCAAUAGAAAAAACCAUAGAAAAAAAUGGCACAGACAAGAAAAUUCGGAAAAACCCCCCAACCAACUUCUCCCCCAUCCACCAACAUUUCGCAACUGCUCACAUGCAAAUGUACAUGACAACCACUAGAAAACUAGAAUCAACAACAACAACAAUAGCAGCAACUAACCGAAAUUUUGGUGUUAAAUCUAUUACAGAAAACAACAACCACAUCAGAAACAAAAACAAAUUAUAUUAAUAUAGUUAUGCUGUAAUAUUUUAUGUAAGCACAAUAAGAGAAAGAAAAACAAAAACAAUUUCAAAAUUUAAAAUAAUAUUAAUUAUAAUAUGUAUUACAUGUAUGCGCUGAAUUGAGAGGAGUGAGUAUUCACGGUAUUGUUAAAGAGCAGAGAUGUUAAAGAGCAAACGCUGAUCAAACAGCAAAUUGCGAAAAAACUAAAAUUAAAAUUAAAAACAAAAUAAUAAUAAAUUUAAAUAUUACAUUAAAGAAAAUUUAUGAUUUUUUACUAGGCAUAGCAGAAGAUAUAUACAUACAUACAUAAGUGAAAGUAAAACUUAAAGCAGAAGAGAGAAAUAUGCCGUAAAUGCGAUAAAUAUUUUAGAGAGCUGUGUUUCGUUUUAAAAAACAUGCAGAACAAAACCUAAACAAACAAAAUAAAUAACGGACAAAAUGCAACUGAAGGAAGUGACAAUUGAAAAUAGGCGCCUAAAACUAUGCAAAUGCGCGCGUAUGGCGACAUAUAUACAAACAAAUAAACAACUUGCAUUAUGGCAAAUUCAUGUCCUUGCUGCUAAAUGUUAUUAAUUAAAGUUUAAUUACACAUAAAUUAUUAAUAUUGAAUAUUUAAUUAUAGACGAAAUGGAAUUUUAUUUUAAAUUAAUUGAAUUAGGCUUAAGAAAAAAACACCCUACUUUAAGCAAAGUAAAGUAAGGGCGAGCAGAUUUACACACACACAUACACAUGCACGCGUGCAAAAAUGCGUCAGCGCGCAAGAAAAGCGCAGAUUUUGCAUUAGAGAGCAGCUUGUAAAGGCAACAGAACAAAUUAAGAAUAGAAAAAAGUCAUGAAAGAAAAAAAUGUCAAAAAGGAAAAGCAAAAUUGCAAGUGUAAGAGCAUAAAAGAAUGUUGAGUGCAUGUGCAAGUGCAACUAAGUGUAAAAUUUAUGAAUUAUUGAUAAUCAGCUGCACACACACAUAUACAUAUGCAUGCACCACUGAGUUCGACAACGUAAUCAAUAAGAGAAGUACCACAAAAAAAUUAAAAAAAAAAAUAUAUUAUUAAUUGGAAUUAACGCUGCGAGUUGCAAAAACGGAGUAAAAUGCGCAUAACUUCAGCAGAAAG